AUGGCUGGUGGGGUCGUUAACCAGAAGUUCUUGGUCUGCCGGGAUACAAAGGUUCGGCAGGCACCUGCACAGGUGAGCACAAAGUUCCAUGAUUUGAAGGCCGGCCAAACCGUGGUGGUUCUCGAUCAGCCGCGCCAGCUGCCCGAUGGCAGCCUCUGCGUACCGAUCCAGCCAAGAGGAUGGGUCGAUGCCGACGUUCUGCAAGAUUUUCCGGGCUUAUCGACAUCCGAGGUGAAGACACAAGUGGAGUCGAGCGGGGAGGACGCUUGGCAGUAUGCCAGAGAUGCAGAGCCCAAGGUUGCCUACAACGAGGGCCGCGCAAAGGCCGGCGACGCAUGGGCAAAGUACAGCGGCAACAAGAGCAACUGGGAUCACAACGCCAAAGGCCAAAACGACGAUCCGUGGGGCCAGUACAAGCAAAGUGAGUGGGAUAAGAACGCUUGGUCAAAGAACGAUUGGGAAGACAGCCAAGACAAGCAGGAUUGGUCAAAGGACGACAGCAGCUCAGGCUGGGGCCAGGAGGGCCAAGCAAAGUGGGACCAGGAGAAGUCCGAAGGAGAUGGGUACCAUGAGAAAACGGAGCCCGAGCCAUGUCCAGAGGAGGAAACGGAGCCGUCUUCCGUGAUCCGAGGUGCACCUGGAUUGGAGCCGUUUGAGCCGGUGCGAAAAGCGGAGGAUGUGGAGAUCGUCAGCAGUGAAGGUGCAGAGGAGGUUCAGUUCUGCACUGCGUCAUUCGACGGCGAGGACUCGCCCGAAGUGAUCAGGCUCCUUCUGGGAGAUUACAAUGAAAGCGGCUCUCACCAUGGACGUAAAACGUUCCAGCGUUUCCUCGGGGCGUCUUACUCCUUGUCCCUGUACUAUUUCGACGACUCCCUCGGACCAGAGAACCAAGGUUGGUACAUUGGCCCAGAGGUCGCAGGAGAUGAGGUCUACGCCUGGUCUCCAGAAACAACGAAUGUACCACCUACAUCCUCGUGGCACAUUCCGAUCGACGCGGGGCAGGCUGUCCAAGGCUUUAAGGUGCUCCUCAGCGGGUCCGUGGAGCAGGGGCUCCGAGAGCUGGAGGAGGAGGCAAAGCUUCAAGCCGAGUGGAAAGAUGAGGUCUCGAGGCAGGAUGAUCCGCUUGCCAAAGCAGAUCCCUGGACGAAGGCCUCGGGAAAUGAGGAUCCGCUUGCGAAAGCAGAUCCCUGGGCCGCCAAGGCGUCUAGAAGUCAGGAUCCGCUUGCCAAAGCCGAUCCCUGGGCGAAGGCCUCGGGAAAUGAGGAUCCGCUUGCGAAAGCAGAUCCCUGGGCCGCCAAGGCGUCUAGAAGUCAGGAUCCGCUUGCCAAAGCCGAUCCCUGGGCGAAGGCCUCUGGAAAUGAGGAUCCGCUUGCGAAGGCAGAUCCCUGGGCCACCAAGGCCUCUAGAAAUGAGGAUCCGCUUGCCAAAGCAGAUCCAUGGGCGAAGGAGCCAAAUCCAAAGCUGGCGCAAGGGCCCUGGCAGAAGGUGAUUCAGAAUCAGCUUCAUCAGGGCAGCAGCUACACAAACGGUUCCAGCAGCAAUGCAGAUGCCAAGGCCAAGGCUUUCAGGGAGAAAGACCCUCUCGAAGCAGAAGGCGACCCAUGGAAAUCCAAAGCGCAGAACGACGUGGGGCUGAAUGGCCACGCCAAUGGCAAGAACGACGUCGGGCUCAACGGCCACGCCAAUGGCAAGGAUGAUGUUGGGCUGAAUGGCCACGCCAAUGGCAAGGCGGCCUACAAAAGCAAAGCGCUGGAUGCGGAUGCGCCUGAGUUUCAUCCGCCAACCCGGCCACCGGGCAUCAGUGGCGGCUUGGACCAGACCUGGUCGCAGGCGCAGAUGACCUCAGAGGCUUCUGCGGCCUUGGAUGCGCGCAUGGCAGAUCAUCUGCUCCGAUCCCAGUGGCGGCACGAGCACAGCGAUGCAGCAUAUCGCAUCCUGGGGGACCUGAAGGCCAUCCUCAGGGAGCAGGACCACAAGGGAGAGGUCAAGAUAUUCGGAAGCUGCGCGACAAGCUUCCGAUCAGCAAGGUCUGACCUCGAUGUGACGUACACGGGAGAUGUGGAGAAUGGACGAGUGAUGUCCACCCUCGCGACAGUCAUGCAAAGCCUCAAGGACCGUGGCUACGAGAAUGUCACCAAAGUGUUCACGUCUCAGACACGACUUGUGAAGUUCACAGAUCCUUCCAGCAACAUGGAGGUGGACUUCUGCUUGCAAAACGACCUGGGAAUCAGAAAUUCCAAAAUGCUGGAGUGCUACUGCCGCUGCGACUACCGAGUGCAGAUGUUGGGACGUCUGGUGAAAGACUGGGCCAAGAGAUUUGACAUCGUGAGCAGCACAGAUGGUUGCCUGAACAGCUACGCGUACAUGCUCAUGGUGUUGUACUACUUGCAGUCUCUACAACCAGAGGUAAUCCCGAACCUUCAGCAGAUGGCGAGUGGAGAAGGCCCCUGCCAGAUCCAGGGUCGCGAUGGUUGGUGCGAGACAAAGUUUUUCGAGCAGGUCGACGAUCUCCCGCGAUCGGAGAACAAGAGCAGCGUCGCUGACCUGCUCUACGGCUUCUUUCGAUUCUACAGUGAGGAGUUUGACUGGUCGCAGAAUGCUGUGUGCAUACGCGAAGGGAGACCUGGUGCGGUCGUCGACAAGUUCGGCUUAAGCACCAAGACGUACUACGAGCAGUGGUACAUAGAAGACCCUUUUGACCUGCAGCACAACCUGGGUGGGAAAUGCAGCCAGCAAGGCAAAGACUACAUCAUCCGCCAGAUGCAAUGCGCCAAAGACGAGCUGUCGAAGGCGAUGCCAGAUUUGGCCAAGGUCUGUGGUCCGCCGCCGGAGCGGAACAGCUUCUUCCUGAGGUGUCGAUGUGACAAAGACAUGACUCCAGAGGAGCUCCUCGACGCAUUUCGGGACCUGGACUUGGUGAGGCUGCACUUCCCCACAGGAGGCCAUGCUCGGCAGGCCUUCCUGGAAUUUGCUUCCGCUGCCGCGCGGCGACGUGCCCAUGCAAAGAAUGAGGGCUAUGCAGGCUCCUCCCAGCUGAUGCUGAUACCGAGUAACGAGAUCGGCGUGAACACCGCGAAACAGGAAAGCACUUACACGGUGUACGAGGCGCAGGUGAACAACAACAACAUGACGUGGCAGUGA